AUGUCGCUGUACAAUGGACCCCCGAGGCCCGGCGCGCGGGGCGGCAGGGACCAGUUCAACUGGGAGCAAGUCAAGACAGACAAAGACAGGGACUACUGGCUGGGCCACUCUGUGAUGGCGCCAACAGGGCGCUGGCAGAAGGGCAAGGACCUGUUCUGGUACACCAAGGGGCCGCAGGGGCAGCAGGGCGCCGACGCGCUCGCGGCGGAGCGCGCGGCGAUCAAGGCGCAGGAGCAGGCGGCGAUCGAGGAGGCGCUGGGCCUGCGACCCCAGUCGUUGCGCGCCGCUCAGGGCAUGAGCCAGCAGGAGUUGGAGGAUGCGAUGAAGCAGCAGCAGCAGCAGCAGCAGCAAGGCGAGGCGGGCGGCAGCGGUGCAGGGGACUCUGGUCAUGGCCACGGACUCGGCUUCCAUCACGGGUCGGGUGCCCCCGCAGCCACGGAUGGCCAGGACCGCGAGACGCUGCCCGGCCUCGCGCCGGCAGCGCGCUUCCCACCGCCCCCGCCGCUGCCGGGCGGCCCCCGCGGCGGCGACGCGGGCCUGAUGACGGCGGAGCAGCUUGCGGAGAUGGAGCGCAAGGAGCGGCGCUCGGAGAAGAAAGCGGGCAAGGUGCGCGACAUUAGGGGUGGAGAUGGUUGCUAG